GUUUUUCUCAGUCACGAUCGUGAAGAAAGAUGGCGGGUGUGCUAGAUCAAGGUCGUCGACCUGCUGCUGCGCCAUCUCUCGCGUCCCCCGCCGCCGCGUCCACUGGUACUGCGAUCAGCUUUAAUCGCGCGUCCAUGGAGACGGAGCUGCGGCUCUUUUGUUUGGAUUUGGUUGCGGGCUACCGCUCGGACCUGCAAAAGCAAGUAACGGAACUCCAGCUCUGGCGAGCAGGAUUGGCAAAGACGGGCACCAGCGAGGGUUCCUUAUUUCGCGCAUCCGACACCGACGUGGAUCAUCCCGGGGCAGACGAAGCUGCAGGAGACGAUGUUACUACCGAACAGCGGAUGAAGCUUACUAGCGGAGCACGGACAAAGUACUUGUUUGCCACCGAAGAUCCGCACAAUUCAAGCGCAAGCAAGAAUGGUACUUCUAAGACCACCUCCCAGAUGUUGAGCGGGGACCCCUCCACUUGUUCUGAUGCGGACGAGGUACGCAACUACUUGCAACGGGAGCAAAAUGCGGUGGAAUUCCGUGCUGUCCUACGCGAUCUGCUCCCCGAGGAGUGUCAGAGCGAGCUGCGGCGGGCCAUCCACUUUUUGGCCACCGGCCGGGACUUGGAUACCUUGCGCGAGGACCUGGCUCUGUUCGAACAGCGGCGGCAGGAGGACGAGAAGCGCUUGCGCUCCCUGGAAAAGCGGAUUGCGCACGCACUGGAUCACGGUUUUUCAUCAGGAGAAGUUCAAGGCAGCAUCGGUGAAGAUGGUGAAAUUGAAGCAGCGAGCCAGGAAACUGACACUUCUACACCGGGCCGCGCACCACCUGCAAUGGCCAGCAAAGGGAAGAUGUCAUCGAAACCUGGUGCUAAAUCGAAUCUCACGGAUCAUGCUGGAGGAGAGCAACUUUACCAACCAGCGUUGACUCCCAACAAAGGGGGCGAAGAUAAGGAUAAAGCAAACGCAAACCCUGCUGCUGGUGCUCCCGGCGCGUCUUCCUCUACUGCUUCGGGCAACAAGGCAAACAAGACUGUGCUGAUCGUUCCAAAGCAGAAUACUCAGAACACGCUGUCGCCGUCUGCUGGCGGUGGAGCCAAUGAUGGAGCAGUCCAGUCUUCGGGUCGCAUCAACUCGAAAACACUAACACUGCUCCAGUCCUCGGAUCACCAAGCGGGGGCCCACGGCAGCUCCCGGAGCCCGUCGAAGACCACCCGCGCAUUGUCACCGCGUGGCAGCUUUAACCUUGGAUCCUCGACGUCGACCUCCGGCCUAGCAGAGCAAGCGGUUGGCGCAGCAGCACCGUCUCCAGGACAUAAACCUCCAAGAGGCAUGGUAGAGAUUACGCGGGAUAUCGUGGUCGGGACCGAACCGCCGAAGCCAACCCCGACGUCGACCUCAGAACAAACCAACCAGCAGGCUCCUUCCGCACCCAUUACUUUUUUGGAAGCGCAGAAAAUGAAGGCGGAGGCAAGAGACCGAAAACGCGAAAUCGACGAAGUCUCGAACCACGUGGAGCAGCAGCUGCAGCGGUUGUGCCGGGAGUUUGCGCAGCUGCAGAGCAGCACCACGCGCAUGCUGGACGGACUGCAAACGCAGAUCGACCAACUUGCAGCGUCCUUCGACACCCGCGACAGCGAGACGCGCAGCAUGUUUGUCAGGUUACAGAGUCACAUAGAUUUGCUCGUGCAGCAACCCGCUUUCUACGGGGGUGUAGGGAAGAACCGAGAUGGAAACGAGGAAAGUGUAACACCGACGGAGCAAAUUAUUUCCUCCGGGGCACAAAUGAGCAGUCUUAAUGCGGAGCCAGGGCCUGCUCCUCCUGAUUUCAGAGAUGCAAUAGACCUAGGCGGAGAUGAGGACGAGGAUCAUCGCGGGCGGAAUCUUCAGACUGUCGAUGUAGUGCGGGAAGAAGCAAAUGACGGCGCGCCACUAGAGCGGCAGUUCAGCGAAGAGCAAGACCACAUGCAUGUUGGUAGCGAGCCAGUACUGUGGGAGACCCGAACGGAAGCAAUGCAGCGAGUUCGGGCGCAGAUGGAAAAGAUCGAAGCGCGCUUAAGCGCUGCGGAAAAACAGAUUCAGGAGCGCACGUUGGUCAUGCAAAGUGGGCUGCGAACGGAGUACGAUCGCCUGCGGCAUGCUAUGUUGCAGCAAGACGGAGAAUAAGUACGGAACAGUGAAAAUCGACUUGCACUUGCUCGUCACCAGCGCGUCACAGUAGAAGAAAAGGAAAGUUAAAUAGAAAAGGCUUGAAUUUGUUGAUAGUUUUGGUGAGUGUGUCGUAACAAGAAGAUGCAAAAAGUAGUAAAGUUUGUUUGGUAGUUGUGAAAAACAACUCCUUCGCUGAAAGAAACACGAAACUUUUUUGACCAGCCUGCCGCUCGCCGUCAGUGAUGUGACAUGAUACGUGACAGAGUAUAC